AUGGUAAAACAGAAGAAAGAACAUAUCUCUGAUUUUAGCUCUACCAGCUACUUUGUAGAUCUUCUUCAGCUCAAGAAAAUCUGGAAUGAAGUCAAAAGCUGAUGGGUCUUCGAAGACAUUGAUUUAGGGACAGACCAAAUCGAAAAGCUGUACUAUGAGCACCGGCUCAAGACCAUCCGAGCCAACUGGAGAUUUAUACUUUUGAUCUUGCAGACAAUAUUUUUGGGUAUAGCAAUCUGCUUUCUGUUGCAAGAGGAUGCUUCCACUUCUGAAAAACUAGGUCCUAUUGUUUUGUUUGCUCUCCUAUUUACAAGUAAAGUAGCUGCAAUGUAUGGAGCGAUUCUAGUGAUAGGCGCAUUUGGACUUGUGCUAACAAGAAUAAACCUUGAGUUCACUCAUUUUAGACUUUACGAAGGGUUCUUGUGUCAUAUUUCAGCCUCAUUCCUCUUAUCGACUUGCCUCAUUUCAGAUUGGAGGUCUUCCUCAGCAGCUAUAAUUAUGGUUUACACGAAUUUAUACGUUAUGCUUAGAGUUUACUAUGACUAUGUACCUAUUACGAUUCUCUAUGCAAUCUUGACCUCAUCACUAAUAUUCUGCUUCAAUGCCUUCUUGGUCUCGAGAAAUCUAAAGCAAGAGUUUCUCUCAGCUUAUCAGGCUGAGCAGGCUUCCUGACAGAUGAAGAAGAUCCUAGAAGUCUUGCCUGAAGGAGUCACUAUCAUGAAUGAGCAAGGAGACGACCUGAAAUUUAUAAACAAGAAGCUCAUGAAGACAUUAGACGUACAGUCUUUCUAUCAGCCUCGGUCUGAGCAUAUUCAGCUUGCCAAAACCAAGAAGGAGAUUGAUCAAUGCCUUGAGAAAAUUUAUCAUAAAAAUACUACAAACUCUUGAAAUUCUGAUGAUUCUAUAAUACUUCACGAGAAUGUUUUUAACAAUUUCGUCGUCAGAGUUCAGAAAAAUAGAGUCGAAGAAGGCAAAGGAGCUGACCCUGAUGUGCAAAUCAACCAGUAUGAAGAUAUAGGACUUUCUUAUUUUCUUCAAAAUGAAAGAGAACUCUGACAAGAUCGACAUGAAAAUGAAAGAGCCAUCAAAGUGUCUAUUAAAUAUAAAAAUAAGGACUUGCCAGUUGAAAUAGAAAGCAUUAAUAGAAGCUUUGUAGUGAAGACUUCAAAAAUUGAUGUUGUCAAUGAUCUCGAAACGUGACCUACUUUCCUUCAAAUGUUUAUAGACACAACCCAGAUUACUCAGCUAGAAGAAGCCAAGGCCCAGAGCAACUACCAGCGCCAGAUGCUCUCGAAUGUGUCCCACGAGUUCAGGACUCCCCUCAAUGCGAUGUCGCUGUCUCUGUACUUGAUGAAGGACCACCUCACUGAGGAUUGGGCCAAGUACCACAAGAUCGCUUCAUCGUCAUGAGACAUUCUGAAAGGCCUCGUCGAAGACAUCCUGGACUUCUCAAAGAUUGAAGCCGGAGUGUUCGAAGUCCAGGAAUCUGAGUUCACUUUCAAGCAGCUCUUCGAUGAAGUGAACUCCAUCUUCGAGAUGCAGACUUGUAUGAAGAGGAUCAAUUUGAACUUCACAAUGGAUGAUGCUUUCUGUGAACUCAAAGUGAAGUCUGACAAAGAGAGGCUCAAGCAGAUUCUCCUGAACUUGCUUUCUAACUCUCUGAAGUUCACCGACGAGGGCUCCAUCAACGUAGGGUUGAAGAUUCAGCAAAUGAAAGCGUUCAAUGCGCAACAAAUCGAAUCAGAUAAUGAUGAUGAAGCGAAGCUGUCUUCAGUCGAAGCCUUUGACGAAAUGCCAGUGUGCAACCUUCUUCUCGUAACUAAUAACUACGAAUUCAAAUCACACAAGUCCAAGUUUGAUGAACCUGCAUUAGGUUUUGCAAGACAAGACAAGACCACUGGCAAAUUGAUGCAGAAAGAGGCUGACCAGUCAAUGCCUUCUGACUUCACAAAAGAACUCCGACUCGAAUUAAGUGUCAGAGAUACAGGUAUUGGGAUUCCUGAGGGAGACUUGCCAUCGCUGUUCAAACUCUUCGGCAAGACCAGCUCCAACCACAACCGGAACAAGACUGGGACUGGGCUUGGCCUGACUAUUUGCAAGAAGUUGUGUGAGAAACUAGGAGGGAAGAUAGUUCUGGAGUCGAAAGAAGGAAUUGGAACCAAGGUAACAUGCACGUUCAGAUGCUUCUAUUAA